AUGUCAACGUUAGAGGAUCUCGAUGAGCUCGAGCGGGAGCAGAAGGAGGACAAGAAGGAUGGCGACAAGGACAAGAAGCCGACAGAUCAAAAUGUCGACACUGAGAUGAAGGACGAUGCACAGAAGGAGAAGGAAGAGGACCCCAUAGAUGAAGAAAUCUACAGCCUGGAUACCCAGAAUAUUAUGACGCGAAGACGGCUGUUGGAGAACGAUUCCCGGAUCAUGAAGAGCGAGUUCCAGCGUUUAUCACACGAGAAGGCUACGAUGGGCGAGAAGAUUAAGGACAACCUGGACAAGAUCGAGAAUAACAGGCAAUUACCAUAUCUUGUUGGCAACGUGGUAGAACUCCUUGACCUCGAGCCAGAAACCCAAGAAGACGGCUCCAAUGUUGACCUCGAUGCCACUCGGGUCGGCAAGUCCGCUGUCAUCAAGACCUCUACCCGUCAAACGAUAUUCCUCCCGCUCAUCGGUCUCGUUGAUCCAGAACAGCUGAAGCCAGGAGAUCUGAUUGGUGUAAACAAGGAUUCAUACCUGGUCCUGGAUACGUUACCUGCCGAGUAUGACAGCAGGGUCAAGGCCAUGGAAGUUGAUGAGAAGCCAACUGAGAAGUACACGGAUGUAGGAGGUCUGGACAAGCAGAUCGAGGAACUGGUGGAGGCUAUUGUCUGGCCGAUGAAGGAGGCUGAGAGAUUCAAGAAGAUUGGCAUCAAGGCCCCGAAGGGCGCUCUGAUGUAUGGCCCUCCAGGUACUGGCAAGACCCUCCUUGCCCGAGCUUGCGCUGCUCAAACCGACGCCACCUUCCUCAAGCUUGCCGGUCCACAACUCGUACAGAUGUUCAUUGGCGAUGGGGCAAAGCUAGUACGGGAUUGCUUCGCACUUGCAAAGGAGAAGGCACCGGCGAUUAUCUUCAUCGAUGAGUUGGAUGCUGUAGGUACCAAGCGAUUCGACAGUGAGAAGAGCGGAGAUAGAGAAGUCCAGAGAACCAUGUUGGAACUCCUGAAUCAACUCGAUGGCUUUGCUUCCGAUGAUCGCAUCAAGGUUCUCGCAGCCACCAACAGAGUUGAUGUUCUUGAUCCUGCUUUGCUUCGUUCCGGACGUCUCGACAGAAAGAUUGAGUUCCCACUGCCCAACGAGGAAGCUCGCGCACAAAUUCUCAAGAUUCAUAGCAGAAAGAUGACGGUCGAUGGUGGAGUCAACUGGCCCGAGUUGGCACGAAGUACCGAUGAGUUUGGUGGUGCUCAGUUGAAGGCUGUCUGCGUGGAGGCUGGCAUGAUUGCAUUGCGGAUGGGGAAGAACAAGAUCAGCCACGAACACUACGUGGAUGCGAUUGCAGAGGUCCAAGCGAAGAAGAAGGAUACUGUCAACUUCUACGCCUAA